GAAAAUGGGAGAUAUUGAGAAGGGCAAGAAGAUCUUUGUACAGAAAUGCUCCCAGUGCCAUACGGUUGAGAAAGGAGGCAAGCACAAGACUGGACCCAACCUGAAUGGCAUAUUUGGACGCAAGACUGGACAAGCUGAGGGCUUCUCUUACACGGAUGCUAACAAAAAUAAAGGUAUCACUUGGGGUGAGGAUACUCUGAUGGAAUAUUUGGAAAAUCCAAAGAAGUAUAUCCCAGGAACAAAGAUGAUUUUUGCGGGUAUUAAGAAGAAGUCUGAGAGAGCAGACUUAAUAGCAUACCUCAAAAGUGCCACAAAGUAGAAGUUAUCUGCUGCCUUAUUUAUUUCACAAGGGAGAUGGCUACGGAAAUGUCUGUGAUGAGAUUGGUUUUUAAACUUUCUAUUUUUACAUAUACUGUGUCUAACCUAAAAUCUGUCUCACCCAUCAGAUAACAUUGCUUGUGGUGGGUCACUGAAGUACACACUUGUUUGGCAGCCAUUAACUUAUGGAAACUAUGUAAUUGGGUUGAUUUAAAUGACUAUAAUGUUCAGUCAGUCUUGAUCAUAGAAUUAAAAAAAUAUAUAAAUAAACA